AUGUGGGAGAGGCAAGGAUGGCAGGGGGUAGCUAACGCGCCCAUCAUACGAAAUCUGGUCGGCCUCCUGCGCACGCGCAGUGCCCCCACGACCUUCCGAUGGGUCAAAGGCCACGCGCGCGUCCAUGGAAAUGAGGAAGCAGAUGCCCUGGCGGCGAGUGGUGCCCGCCUCGACCGCCCGCACCUCCCCGUGUACCGCCCAGCCCCGGAGCGAUACAUUGUCCGGGGCGCGUCGAUGCUCUACUUGACCCAGAAGGCGGCGUACCUCGGCAUCCGCUCGUGGAACGGCCUGACGCAGCGACCGGCCACAGAGCGCAAUGUCCAAGAGAUACGGCGCGCGAUGCUGCGGGAUACGAAAAUUGAGCCGACUGCGAGUGCAAUCUGGACCCUGCUACGCAAGGAUCCUAUAUCGAGGAAGGCGCGUGACUUUGCCUGGCGCGCUAUCCACAAAGGACACCGCGUUGGCAGCUUCUGGGAUAAUAUUCCUGGCUACGAGGACCGGGCGAGAUGCCCCGGGUGCCGAGUGACCGAGUCCAUGCAGCACAUCCUGUGCGAGUGCAAUAUGCCGGGGCAGAGCACCGCGUGGGCGAUGGCAAGGGGGAUGCUGAGGGCGAGAGGGGUAAAUCUCCCGAAUGUCACGCUAGGCCUAGCGUUGGGUGCCCAUACCUUCACCGCGUGUGAUGAGAAGAUGGAGACGCAGCAUGGGCCCACCAGACUGGCCCGCCUCGUACUCUCUGAGACUGCGUACCUCAUCUGGGUGAUCCGAUGUGAGCGGGUGGUUGGGGACCGUGUCCCCCUCCCGGACGACCUAGAGCGGAGAUAUGUUGAAAGACGUUGGAUGCAAAUGAUAGCGAAGCGCUUCGCGCUUGACCGUGCACUCACUAACAAGAGAGCGGUGGGUAAGCAAGCGAUCCCGGCGCCGACUGUCAUCGCGACGUGGACAGGGACUCUACAGGAUGAACAAGACAUACCGAAUGACUGGAUCCUUACACCGGAGGUUUUAGUGGGUAAGCCGCUGUGCCUGUACGAUGCUGACCCUGGAUAA